AUGAGGCCUUCAAAAGAAUUAAGGAGUAAUGCAAGUAGAAUUUAAGAAAUCGUUAAAACAAAGCCAAAGUCUGAGCUAAAGCCUGAGCCACCAGUACAAGUGUAUUCUUUCCCCUGUUUUGAGCAUAACUAAGAGGUAAAAUUAGUUUGCUUUGAUAACUCUUGUAAAGAAAAUAGAUUAUAAUGCAUUCAAUGUAUUAAACAAGGAGUUCAUAUUUCUCAUCCUUAAAAUUAAGAAGAUUUCAAUUAGCUAAUUGACUAUUUUAAUAAUAAUGAAUAAUCCUGUAUGGCUUUAAUUCAUAACCUAAAUGAAUAAAUGGGUUUAGCUAGAGACUAAUUUAAACUCUUGAUUGAAGGAAUUAAGAAGAAAUAUCAGAUAUCUUACAACAGAGUAAAAUCCUGUAAUUCCAUAUAAUUGAAUUCUUUAUUUUCAGACAUUCUCCAAUUUAAAUAAUUUGAAUAAGCACUAUUAAGAAAAAUUUAAUAAUCAUUUUAGGAUUUCAAAGAUUAAUUGGAAGUAUUCUACUUUGAUCUAAAAUUAUAUGAAUUCAACUCUGCUGAUCCUUCUAAUUAAGAGAGAUAGAAAUCAGAUUAAUUAUUUGAAGAAGGUAACAAAUCUAUAAAAUUAGGAUUUACACUAUAUUCGAAAAAUAACUUUAAUGAGGCGAUAAAAUAUUUUGAUAAAUCAAUAAAUUAUUACCCACGCAAUCAGUAAUCAUUGCGUUGCAAAGGUAAUAUUAUGACUAAGUUUAGCUGAUAGUUUAAGGAAUCUUAACAAACUAGAUGAGGCCAUCAUUUGGGUAGAUAAAGCCUUGCAAAUAGAUCAAAACGACAAAUUUUCAUUGCUUUGCAAAGGUACAACUAUUUCUUCAAGUAUAAGCUCGGUGUUUAUCAAUCAUUGGAUAAUAAAAUGAAGCAAUCACUUUGGCAGAUAAAGUGUUAUUGUUACAAUUCAAUCUAAACUUGGAUGCAUUAUGUACUAAAAGUAAUUAAUUUUGAUUUUAAGGUAACUCAUUACGAUUAUUGAAUAUGCUUCCAUAAGCAAUGGAUGUUAUUGAAAAGUCUCUAAAAAUAAAUCCAAAACAUUUUGAAUCGUUAACUGUUAAAGGUUAUAAACUUUAUAAUUAUAGGCUUAUGUUUACAAGAUCAGAAACAAUAUUAAGAAGCUUUAAAAUAUUAUGAAAAAGCGUUAGAGAUCGAUUCAAAUCAUUAAUUAACUAAAGAUAGAAAAGGUUCUAUAAUAAAUAUAAUUAUUUAGCUCAAUGUUUAGCAGCUUUAAAUAAUACUUGAGAUUUAAUAGAA